AUGGAGAAGCUAUUCUCAUCUUCCAUCCGCGUCCUAUGUAACCUCGAUGACGCUGCUGAGCUGCUAGCAACUUUCCAAGAACUCGAAAGCAACCUGUCUGCCGCUACUACAGAGGAACGCCUUGAUCUACUUAAUAGCCGUUAUUGGGGUCGAAUCAGCUAUCCGGAAGAAGAUGUCCGUCUUGAUUGUUACGAGGAUCUCAAACUAGUCUCUGAAGAACACUACUCUCAAACAGUCGAGCGUCUCGAGAAUUUUCGAACCUCUUUCUAUGCGGAAUACGAAGCGGAUGCAUUGAAAAAUGCAGAGGUGGAGCUUCUCCAACGAACCGAGGAAAUAAGAGAAACCCAGGACAGAGAAGAUCUAGAGCGGAUGCUAGAAAGCGGCCACACCUGGCUGCGCCAACUAUGCCCUCAGUGGAAGCGCGAGGAUCCCGAACGCCAGGAGUCCCAUGAACAAAAACAAACUACCUUGUUCCACUGGGCGCACGUGGCUAUUGGCUCUUCAAUACAGAUUAGAUCCCAGUGGUACCUUGAGCGCCUUGAUCAGCCUUCUAGAACCGGCGGCGAUGAGUCUUUCUUAGCGACGGUGAACCAACUGCGUAAGCACUUCGACUAUCUCCGAUUUCUGCCACCCGUGAAGCAAACGCCGUAUCUACGCCUCGAUUUGGCCGCAGGCAAGUUUGACGCCACCCAGGAUGGAAUUACGGAAAGCAUUCUCCGGAACAUGUUCUUAUUUCUGGACCACGACGCCGCGGCGUCGGUCUUGGAUACUCGCAGACCUGGCGAUAAAUGGAUCUGGGCUGUUGAUCCCGACUUUGAUCCAGAAAGCCGGGACUCCGAUCCGAGGGGUUACCAAGGCUAUGUGCGCGUUCGCCUUCAGCAACUUCUUAAUCACUUCUACGUUGCUCGGUGCUGGCACGCGGACGAGUGGUCGAUGGAUGAAAUAUGGAAGGCUGCUCAGAAGGACCCCUACAACAGCUCUUUUGUUUCCAUGAACGACGAAGACAUCUUUGCUCCAAACAUCGCCUCCCCCACCGAGAGGUUUCUGCUGCCAUGA